GCCGUUCCCUGAGCCAGAAAUGUAAAAAUACUCCAAUUAUUAUCCUAUUUUUCUAAGAAACGUUGAUAUUUGUAGACGUGGGAAAAAUAUAUAUAAUUCUUGAUUAUAUUAUCUUUAAUAACACAGCUUUCGAUACACGAUUCAUAACACUUCGCUCGAUACAAUUUAUUCCCAAAGUAACCUCUAAUUCGAAUUUAUACUCCAACUUUACUUGUUUCUUUACUAUGAGACACUAUGAAACAAAAAAAGGAGAAAAAUCAAUCAUAACUAUAACAAUAAUUUGACAGCUUUAGAAAAACGAUAAUUAGAGGCAAUAUUUUUAAAAUAAAUAAACAUCAACUAAUUUUAUCGUAACAAAAUAUUGACUUCGGCCUGCAUGCUCUAUCUCCGUCCGUCUUUCGAAAUGAGACAGUGAUGGCUGAGCGCUCGUGCCAGACGGACCUGUACUACGUGUCCCCAAAACAAAUAUAAGAUUUACUUAUAAAAACUGUGCUGUGUUGUGUGUCCUAGUGAUAUACCGUGUGCACCAAAACCUUUAAGUUAUAAUGGGUAACAAGCAAUUGAAUAUAAAGAAGACAUCUCGAAAAAGACAACUCGGAAGAUUCCAACAAACAAUGGAACUAACGAAAAGAAGAAAAUUGGAUAAUUUCACAGCCGAACAUGAUACUACAUCUUUAGACUACAUCGAACUGCAAAAUAUGGAAAUGGAAUCUCCGAUUUCAUCAACCACUGACAUUCAAAGUAACGAUGAGGCGACCGGCUCAAACAUUUUGAACCCACGCAUUGCACAGGUGGAUGACACUUAUCGGGUUACUAGUCUAUUAGAGGAAGAAGAUACCCAUGAGGUAGGUGAUUCAUGCUAAUUAUGCUUAUUGAUUGUAUGCAGAGAACAAUUUUACCUUUUGUACUAACUACCUAGCUAGAAUAACAUUGUUUCAACUUCGUGUGCCAGAAUUCCAUCGUAAAUUGAUUUAUCACACGUUUCGUAGUCUAUUAUACAGGGUCUUAUUUCUAUUUCUCUCGUUGGUUCUUUACCACCACCGGUGCUUUAUAUGAACAGUCGACGUUAAAUAUAUGUAUACAUUUUUCACCUUAUUAGAAAGGAGUAAGGUGCAAUAGGUACAUAUCUUUGACGUCGACUGUACAUGAUGUGACAAAUUGUAAAUGCUAACACAUACAAUAUAUUUUAUUUUCAGUUACAAAUAUUGUUCAAUGUGGAAGAAGAGCUUCCUGACAAAACCGUCGGUCGAAGAAUUGUCGCAGUUAGUUACCAUUCGAUUCGAUUCCUCAGAUUUUAUCCAAUAAAAGAUUGUAUGGAAACUAUAUACAUAAACGCAAUAUUUCACCUGCAAUUUUCUUGUUUUGUUCAUACUUCAAGAUGGACUCUUUGUGACCUUGACGUCACGGUCACAUAUCGUUUUGUUCGGGUCGUUUCGCGAGUGAAGUACGACUGUCGGACUUUGACUAUCAUUUCUGAUUUUUAUAUUCCUUUAAUGCAAUGGAUCCCAUAUAGACUUUUGAUCCUAAAGACAUACCUGAUCGAUUGAUACCAUAAAUGAAAAUUAGUCAUCUAGCCUAUUAUCGAUAAGUAUAUAUGUUUUUCUUCAUCAAAUUAUCAAUAAUUUUCAGUUUUUAGAUUGUUCCCUCUAUAAACUCCUAAUAGUCUACCUUGGUGC